CCCGGGCCAUGUGUCGCGCGCGGCUCCGCCUCCCGCCGGUCUUCUGAGGCGGCGGCCGCGGGGGAACGUAGAGGGAGUCAGACAGGCGCUUAUCCGGGCCGUGCGGUCUCCGUGGCUGGUACACCCGGACUGCGCUGUGGCAAGGGCCCUUUUCUCUGGUCCGGACCUUCCGGAUGGGGCUCUCAGGGCCCCGCCCCGUCUAGCCUGGCCCGGCCUGCUGGAGUCCGCAAGCUCUGCAGGCAGGCUAGCUGGCAGACCCCAGUCCCAAGUCCCUCCACCGCCUGCCAAGGAUCGGGGAUGAGCGGACCACCUGGCCCCCUCCGGGGUCAGCAUGAGUAAGGGUGCCUACCUGCCGCGGCUGGACCCUGGGUCCCUUACCCGGUUCCCGUUCCUAGGUCUCAACAAGGCCAGGUGACGCUCCAGAAUGGGAGACAAGCCAAUUUGGGAGCAGAUUGGAUCCAGCUUCAUUCAACAUUACUACCAGUUAUUUGAUAAUGACAGAACCCAACUAGGCGCAAUUUACAUUGAUGCGUCAUGCCUUACGUGGGAAGGACAGCAGUUCCAAGGGAAAGCUGCCAUUGUGGAGAAGUUGUCUAGCCUUCCCUUCCAGAAAAUCCAGCACAGCAUCACGGCACAGGACCAUCAGCCCACGCCAGAUAGCUGCAUCAUCAGCAUGGUUGUGGGCCAGCUCAAGGCUGACGAAGACCCUAUCAUGGGAUUCCACCAGAUGUUCCUAUUAAAGAACAUCAACGAUGCUUGGGUUUGCACCAAUGACAUGUUCAGGCUUGCCCUGCACAACUUCGGCUGACCUCCUCCCAGCCAGGCACUCAACGCUGUUUCCUCCUCCCUCCUCUUCCUGAUACUAUUCACACUCCUCCAGAUGCUCCAAAUAUCAUUCACAAACGAGCAGGGCCGUGGUGGGAGAGGGCGCGGUGCGCUGCUGCCACCAAGGUGUUGUGCAUGAUGUUUGGACUCUAGACUAGUUGCAUCUGACAGGAGAAGUUUGUGUUGUACCAGCGCAUGCCUUGGAAAGACUUAAAUAAUGCAAAAGGUUGUCUUUUUUUUUUUUUUUUUUUUAAUCUACUGACAAGUUGCUCUAGUAACCCAAAGAAGUGAAGGAGAAAGCAGCUGCCUCACCGCCCAGAUAUUGAUUUGUUCAGAUGUUUCAAUGCCUCAUGAUACAAUAAAACCACAAAACUUUUCUUAACAGUUUAAAUUGUUUGAAUUAGUUUACUAGCUGGCUGGGCAUCAGUAAUUACCCUGCCCCAUUGUCUCUCGUCUCCCUCUCACCUCUGCCCCCAACUCAGCAAAACCUGUUGCAAGGAGAAAACUUGCCGAAGCAGCACUCCCAGUUUGCUUCCCUCAAAAGCCCUGUGGAGCAGAAUUCUCAGCCCACCUGGUCUUUGGAAAGCAGACAGGGAGAGCUCAGGUCUUGACUGAAGCGUCCCUUGCACUGAAGCCUCUGCAGGCAGUUCUGCCACCUCCUGUGGCCCCUGUCCUUUGUAGGUUGAGGACUCUAGUUUGUAAGAGAUAACCCUGAAUCCUGCUGAAACCACAGAGGACGUGGCAAAAAUGGCCCAUCAAAUUCAGGUCCUAUGGGCUAAUAUCUUAUCAAGAUCAAGGAAGGGACCUGCUGUGUUCCCCAAAAGGAUCAUGAUCACAUCCAGGAUACCCCACAUCCCCCAACCCAAGCAAAGGGCAGCUCAGAUCGUGUGCUACCUGUGUCCAGAACAGCCAGCCUCCGUUGUACUCAGAGGCAGGCCCCAUUGGGUUGGAGUAGAGAUACGGAGCUAUGGAAGACAAUCUGAGUGUGAGGGUCUCAUGCUCUCACCCCUCAGACCUCUGCAGGGAGUUUCCAGGCCUCCUCCUAGUCCCUCCUGAUCUUACACACACACACACACACACACACACACUCCACAUCGUCUUCAAAUUCCAGAAGUCUUAACUAUUAGGGCAAUUUCUGCUUCUCAGUUUUGGGGACAGAGGCCUUGCCCAGUGCAAAUGUAGCCUUGAGACCUCUGAAUGGUAUAAACCUAAGGGCAAAAUAGCAACUGCAGGCCGGAACCCAACCUAGGAUUUGGGCUAAUGCCCUGAAAGGGUCUUAGGCUCAGUGAGGGCACCAUAGCCAAGCUUGACCUGCGAAUGGAUACCCUUCAUCUCCACUGUGGGUGGAAGCUAAGGACUCCCUCAGAUGCCACAGUUUGCCUGGCUGCACUGGGCACAGGGCUGGAUAAUGUGCUGUCUGCGGAGACAGCGUAUCUGGGAGAUUUCAGUGGGACUGGAUCUCUAAGCUGCCGUGUAUGUGGGGGUGGGGGAGAGGUAGAAGCUUGCUACCUCUUAAACCACCCUGUAUAAAAUCUGCAAUACAGCUUCUUCCAUGUACCUGUGCCUGAAUUGUCUGCAAUAAAGAGGUGUUUGUAAA